AUGAAAGUCCUCCAGGCUGUGACAAUCGGUGAGUACCAGCUUCGUGUUUUGGCGUCGCUCAUGCACUAUUUCACCCCUCGAUGGCGGUGGCCACCCUGUGUCUGCUCCAGGCACUGCAGACAGAGGCCAGGGAUAUCCGUCAGGGCGGACACCAAGUGUUCCUGCGACCCCCAGGGCCCCGCCUACCAGCUCCUGCGCGGGGACAACCAGGUCCACAAUUGCGAGGUGGGAUUCUACUGCGACUGUGCCAAGGAAAAAAGACUGCAGUGCUUCGCGCCGCCCUUUAUCAAGUGGAAGUACGACGAAGACAACCAGUGGUGCGCGCUCAAUUUCGACUGUGCGGCCUUCUUCAAGAGGGCAACCACCACCACCGAGCCCCCUACAACCACCACCGAGCCUACUACCGCUGAGCCUACAACCACCGAACCAACAACGACCGAGCCACCAACCACUGAACCUUCAACAACUGAACCCACUACCACCACCGAACCAACAACUACCGAGGCACCAACCACUGAGCCUACUACCACCGAGCCGACAACCACUGAACCAACAACCACUGAGCCUCCGACCACUGAGCCAACAACCACCACUCCCAAGCCCACAACCGAGCCGGCCACGACAGCAACUGAGGCCGCUACCACCACGGUCGAGCCGACGACCACAGAGCUCCCCAGUUCAACUCCACGCACUGCUUGCAGCUGCGACCCCAACGGCCCCGACUACCAGCUGAUUCGCGGUGCUGACGAGGUGGAGAAGUGUGAUGACGGGUACUACUGCGACUGCGAGUACGGCGAGGUGGACCGCUGCUUGGACGUGCUGGGAUACGGCUGGCGGUUUGACGAGGAAACCCAAGGGUGCGAGUUCGAGUUCGACUGCGAAGCUUACCUGAGACCCACGACGACGGCUGAGCCGUCAACCACGACAACUGAGGCUACAACCACCGAGUCUCCAACAACUGAGCCCUCUACUACCGAGCCGUCAACCACUGAGCCUUCAACCACAACGACCGAGGCCCCAACCACCACCGAACCUCCAACGACCGAGCCCUCAACCACUGAGCCUUCAACCACGACGACAGAGGCCUCAACGACCACCGAGCCUCCAACCACCGAGCCUUCAACCACCGAGCCUCCAACCACAGAGCCUUCAACAACCGAGCCUUCAACCACUGAGCCCCCCACCCCCGAGCCUACACCCAGUACUCCCGCUCCCGGCCCGCUGCCCGAAUGCACCUGCGACUGGUGGUGGGGCCACUUGUACCAGCUGAUCCGCGGCGAGGACCAGGCCAGCUCGUGCUCGCACGGGUACUACUGCGACUGCAGUGAGAACAAGCGUCUGCGUUGCGCCAAUGUGCUGACCCUGGGCUGGAGAUUCGACGAGGACGAACAGAAGUGCAGGCUGUUCCACAGCUGCAGAGCACUUUCCAACUAUUUUCAAUUAUUGUCUGUAAUCUUAAAAUUGAUAAGAAUAUAUCUGAAUCACACCGGAGACACGUCCUUAAAACGAAAGCCAUCGAUGGCGCAACCUGAGCAGUCUCCUCCGACUCCCCGACGGAAGCGGACCUCUCAGCAUUUCCCUGCAACAAUGAGGAUCCCCACAGCCAUAGUGCCCCUGGCCGUGCUGUGCGCCCUGGCCGCCACCGUGCAGGCCAAGUCGGCGACCCACUUGAAGGACGCGGCGGACGACUACUGCGCCAGCUGCGUGGACGGCGACGCCCCGCGUUAUCAGCCAGUCCGUGGAGCCGACGAAGUGAGAAUUUGCGAAGAUGGCUACUACUGCGACUGCCAGGCCGGGCGAAAGUUGAAGUGCGCCACCGUGUUUUGGGUGCACGGCAAUUUUGAUCCUGACCGUCCAGACAGCGCGUGCAGUAUCACUCACAGCUGCCUGAAAUGGUUUGAAGACCACCCGCUGCCAACUCCAGCCAGCCCAACUACAUCUCCGGCCAGCUCGUCCCCCUCUCCAGCCAGUUCGUCGGUUUCUCCAUCAAGUUCAUCUCCUUCCCCAGCCAGCUCAUCCAUUUCUCCACCUAGUACAUCUCCUUCCCCAGCCAGUUCGUCCCUUUCUCCAUCAAGCACAUCCUCUCCAGUCAGUUCGUCCCUUUCUCCAUCUAGUAAUUCUCCUGCUACAGCCAGUUCCUCCGCACAUCCAUCGAGCACUUUCUCUCCAGCCAGUUCGUCCCUUUCUCCAUCUAGUAAAUCCCCUUCUCCGAUCAGUUCGUCUCUUUCUCCAUCUAGUUCCUCUCCUUCUCCAGCCAGUUCCUCCGUUUCUCCACUUAGUACAUCUCCUUCCCCAAUCAGCUCGUCUCUUUCUCCAUCUAGUACAUCUUCUCCAGUCACUUCGUCUCUUUCUCCAUCUAGUACUUCUCCAGCCAGUUCGUCUCUGUCUCCAUCUAGUACAUCCCAUUCUCCAGCCAGCUCAUCCCUGUAUCCAUCCAGCACAACCUCUACGACGACUACCUCAUCCCCGUCUACGCCCGUCCCGUCUUCAACCUGCCUUCCAACGAAGUGCCCUUGGAAGCUGUCCCUGAUGCUGCCGGACCCUGCUGACUGCCAGAGAUACAUCCGCUGCCAUCAGGGCCAAUCCUGGAACAUGGCGUGCGCCCCUGGAACAUGGUUCAGCUUCUCGCGCCAGGCCUGCGUCUACCUUUCGCAGUCGGAUUUGUCCGUGGCCAUGCUGUGCGCUUUGGCAGCCGCCGUGCAGGCCAAGUCACCUGGGUCAAAGACCGUCCUGCCCACCCUCAAGGACGACGCUGACGUCUACUGCGGCAGCUGCAAGGACGGCCAAAGCCCAGACAACCGGCCCAUCCGCGGCUCCAACGAAGUGAAACUCUGCGAAGACGGCUACUACUGCAACUGCAUCGAAGGCACAAAGGUCCAGUGUCCCGGCGUAUUCGGGAUCCACGGGAAGUUCAACCCAGACAACCCCGACGCGUUGACGUGCAGCAUGACCCACAACUGCCAGAAAUGGUUUGACGAGCACCCGGACCCGGUGGUCACCACGGCAUCACCCGGCACACCUGCCACCCCACCGACACCUACUACCCCACCGACACCUCCCACCGUACAGACACCUACUACCCCAGCCCCACCAUGUACUCCGCCUACGCCCGCCACCCCUGCCACACCCGCCACUCCCAGAACCCCAGCAACCACACCUUCUCCAUCCAGCACGUCUCCGUCUCCACCCAGCCCGCCGUCAGCCUGCGUGCCAACGCAGUGCCCCAGUAAGGUGGCGGAGCUGAUGCUGCCCGACCCUGCCGACUGCAACAGGUACAUCCGCUGCUACUACGGCCGGGCCUGGAACAUGCCCUGCGCUCCCGGAACGUGGUUUAGCUUCUUGCGCCAAGGAUGCGUCUACCGCUCGCAGUCCGAGUGUGUUCAAAACUAGGGAAUGUUUAUUUCAAUAAACUCAAAACGCAUCAAG